UCCCACAAUGCCUCUGUGUUGAUCGUGACGUCACGGCCAGAGAGACGUUGACGCCAUACUGGGUGUAAUUGUGAAAAUUCUGCGAAUCCCAUGCCAUCCGUGCGAUUUCUAGAUGUUGAACGAUAAAUACAUGACAUCCUACCACCUUAAAUUUGCAAAAAGUGAUUGCGAGGGAAGAGAGUUUUGGGAUGGCCGGUAAGUAGAGCGGAGGAUGGCUGCGAAGAGGCCGAGCCCAGCCUGUCUCUGCUGAUGCACGGACGCAAGUAGCGCCGGUUUACUCUGAAAUAAAUAAAUACCGCCGGCCAAAAUAGGGAAGUGUGGCGGCGACCCGCGGGGACAGACUAGUAACUCCAUAAUGUCUGAUUUUGCAGGCAAUGGAGACAUCCAAUGGUGCUUCUCUCAAGUCAAAGGGACCCUAGACGAUGACGUUAGUGAAGCGGACAUCAUCUCCUGUGUGGAGUUUAACCACGAUGGAGACCUGCUUGCCACUGGAGAUAAAGGUGGCAGAGUUGUCAUCUUCCAGCGGGAUCCCUCGUCUAAAAACUGCCAUCCCCGGCGUGGCGAGUACAACGUCUACAGCACCUUCCAGAGUCAUGAACCAGAGUUUGAUUAUCUUAAAUCUUUAGAAAUUGAAGAGAAAAUCAACAAAAUUAGAUGGCUCAAGAGGAAAAACCCAGCACACUUUUUACUCUCUACUAAUGAUAAAACAAUAAAAUUAUGGAAGGUGUCAGAACGAGAUAAACGAGCAGAAGGUUACAAUUUGCGUGACGAGUCCGGCCAAAUCAGGGACCCAACUUCACUAACUUCUUUAAGGGUGCCUGUAUUAAAACCAAUGGAACUUAUGGUAGAAGCCUCACCUAGGAGAAUUUUUGCCAAUGCACAUACAUACCACAUCAAUUCUAUUUCAAUUAAUUCAGACCAGGAAACAUACUUGUCAGCAGAUGACCUCCGAAUCAAUCUAUGGCACAUGGAAGUCACAGAUCAGUCCUUCAACAUUGUGGACAUCAAACCAACAAACAUGGAAGAGCUGACGGAAGUGAUUACUGCAGCAGAGUUCCACCCCCAUGAUUGCAAUGUGUUUGUUUACUCCAGCAGUAAGGGAACUAUUCGGCUGUGUGACAUGCGCCAAGCUGCUCUCUGUGAUAGCCACUCUAAGUUGUUUGAAGAACCUGAAGAUCCUACAAAUCGUAGCUUUUUCAGUGAAAUUAUCUCCUCCAUUAGUGAUGUAAAGUUUUCAAAUAGUGGUCGCUACAUGAUUUCACGGGACUAUCUCUCGGUCAAAGUAUGGGAUCUACACAUGGAAACCAAGCCAAUAGAAACUUAUCCAGUACAUGAAUAUCUUCGCUCGAAGCUGUGCUCAUUAUAUGAGAAUGAUUGUAUAUUUGAUAAAUUUGAAUGCUGCUGGAGUGGGAAUGAUUCUGCUAUCAUGACGGGCUCGUACAAUAACUUCUUCCGCAUGUUUGAUAGAACAUCCAAACGAGAUGUCACUCUAGAGGCCUCAAGGGAAACAGCUAAACCUAGAUAUUUACUAAAACCAAGAAAGGUGUGCACUGCAGGUAAGAGAAAGAAGGAUGAGAUAAGUGUAGACUGCCUUGAUUUCAAUAAGAAGAUUCUCCACACGGCCUGGCACCCACAUGAAAAUAUUAUAGCUGUUGCUGCAACUAACAACCUUUACAUAUUCCAAGACAAAUUUUAACGAUCCUCUUCUGAUGACUAGAGCUUAGGCCCUCCAGUUGGUGGAUGUUUUGGGCAGUGUCAUAUGGUGGUGUAGAUGGAAGGGUCCUCGUGUGUGGCCUCUGCACCUUGUGUAUGGCGUGUCCAUAAAGUUGACAUCUGCUACUUAAAGCCACACAACUCAUGCCGACCACUUAUCUUGGCAUCCCCCAGAUCACAUUGUGGCUCUUGUGUCUUGGGUUGUUUCCAAGUGAGUGGUGGUCCCAAGUGCCAUGAGCCAGUGGCAACCUAUUGCCCAGGGCUAUUGCGCCCAUUCGUCAGUGCUGCCAUCCCAUAGGACAUGUCCAGCAGCCUUCCCAGCAGCUGAUUCCUGGAUAAUUGUGAUUCCUGGAAAAAACAAACAUGUGGGUGCCCUACCCUUGUGAUCAUUUAUCUGUGUUUCACCCUCAGAUCAUCUGUUGAGAAGUGUUGACAUUAGUUGCCUUCUCUCAAGGCUAUUAAAACAUAAUUUAAGAAGAAUAAUGGCUGACUAGGUGAAUCCAGUGAUGAAUGGAUAGAAGUUUGCCAUGUUAUUAUCAAUAGAUUAGUGGCUUAAAAUUAAAAGAUAUGGACUGCAGAGCCCAAAUUUCUUUCUCUGAUGCCUGGCUUUCUGAUGAAUUUGAAUGUAUCUUGUUCCCAAAUCGAGCUGUGACCAGUAACAUGAAUUACUUAGAGAAUGGGACAUGAUAGAACAAGCCUUGCGGAUAGAUAUGGUUUAGUUUCUGCUUGUGCAAACAUGGGCACAAAACUAAUCCUUACUGGAGUGAGGACUGUGCUGCCAUGCCCUGUGCUCUGUGACAGUGAGUAGCAUGAAUGUUUCACAGGAUUAAGUUGAUGCGCUCAUCGCUUCUACAAGAUCACCUCUGGCUGCCAGAAAUGCGACGUGAUUACCAAUAUUGAACUUUAGUUGGUGCGUUUCAGUAAGACUAUUUUCUUAAAUAAUAUUAAAAUAGAAAAUGAGACUUUAUUGAAUGUUCUCCCAAGGUUCACGAUGGGUAUUCUUGGCGUAAAUAUCUAGUGUGUGGCACACGGCCGCACAAAAGUUUCCUCUUCACCUAGCCUUUCUAUCAUUUUUUUUCUUUUUCCAUUUUGACAUAAAAAAAUUGUUGAAAAGAUAAUUAUUUCAAGUGUUUAUGGUCUCAAACUGCUGUAUACUUUUUUAAUUAGUUCAGUGUAAUAAAUUAUAUUUCAAUAGGCAAGCUGUGUUUUUAUGAAAUUAAAUUUAGGAGUGAAAAUGUUUCCAUAAUUUUCAUUGGUUCUUCAAGGUUGUGGAAGAAUUGCUAUGUAUUAACUGCUUUUAUGUAAUUUGUCCACAAGUCUUUAGUCGAGUCGAUACAGUUUGAUUCUAUAAAGUGGGUGAUAAAAAUACUCUUGUCCAGUUUUGGAUUCAUUGUUUGUGAUCAAAUAAGUUAAAUCAUACAAUGUGAUAAAAAGUGCUGAUCUGUCAGUUAUGUAAGGGAUGCUCUGCCUUUUAUUUUUUUUAAAUAUAUAAUAAAAAUUUUAGGAAUGCUUGUUGAACUAAUGUUUAAUCAUGGCUGGGAAACACCUUUUCUAUAUAGAAAUGCUUUGAUUCACCAUGUGUUCAAGUAAUUCAGUGUAUUAAAACACUGAAAACUAUGACUGGCAAAUUUUGCCUCCAUGUUUUGUGGGUCAUUUGAACUUGGGGUGCCAUCAGACAAAAUAUAUAAAUGACUAUUUAA